CCCGCCCCGUCCCGCCCCGCCCGGCCGCCGGCCUCGGCGCGGCCUCGCCCCGCACUCCGCAGCGCAGCCCCGCCGCCGGGCAGUAUGAAGGUGACCGUGGACUUCGAGGAGUGCCUGAAGGACUCGCCGCGCUUCAGGGCAGCUUUAGAAGAAGUAGAAGGAGAUGUGACAGAACUGGAACUGAAACUUGACAAGCUGGUAAAGCUUUGUAUUGCAAUGAUUGAUACUGGGAAAGCUUUCUGUUUGGCCAACAAGCAGUUUAUGAAUGGAAUUCGAGACCUCGCACAAUAUUCCUGUAAAGAUGCAUUGGUGGAGGCUAACUUGACAAAGUUCUCUGACACCUUACAGGAAAUGAUCAAUUAUCACAAUAUCCUGUUUGACCAGACUCAAAGAUCAAUUAAAGCACAGCUUCAGACUUUUGUUAAAGAGGAUAUUAAGAAAUUUAAAGAUGCAAAGAAGCAGUUUGAAAAAGUUAGCGAAGAAAAAGAGAAUGCUCUAGUGAAAAAUGCCCAAGUUCAAAGAAAUAAGCAACAUGAAGUAGAGGAAGCAACCAAUAUUUUGACUGCAACACGGAAGUGUUUCCGGCACAUAGCUCUGGAUUACGUUCUUCAGAUCAAUGUUCUUCAAUCUAAAAGAAGAUCAGAAAUCUUAAAAUCGAUGUUGUCAUUUAUGUAUGCCCAUUUGACCUUUUUCCAUCAAGGCUACGAUCUGUUCAGCGAGCUUGGGCCCUACAUGAAAGAUCUGGGUGCACAGCUGGAUCAGUUGGCUGUAGAUGCUGCGAAGGAGAAGAGAGAUAUGGAGCAAAAGCACUCCACUAUUCAACAAAAGGAUUACUCUGGUGACGAUACGAAACUGGAAUACAACGUAGAUGCAGCCAACGGUAUUGUUAUGGAAGGCUAUCUGUUCAAGCGAGCCAGCAAUGCCUUCAAGACAUGGAACAGGAAAAAGCCAGAUCACAUCAGGUCACUGUUCUGCUUUAUUCUGCUCCAUUUUCUCAAUGCAAAAGUUGACGGCUGUUCUGGUGGAAAUCCAGUAUUGAGAGGAGAUUCUUUUGUUGUUUUUAAAAUGAAAUACAUCUGCACAGCAUUUGAAAGAAUACUUGUAAAAAGGCGCUGGUUCUCCAUACAGAAUAACCAACUUGUGUACCAGAAGAAAUUUAAGGAUAAUCCCACAGUAGUUGUUGAAGACUUGCGGCUUUGCACGGUUAAACACUGCGAAGACAUAGAAAGGCGUUUCUGUUUUGAGGUGGUUUCUCCAACAAAAAGCUGCAUGCUCCAAGCUGACUCAGAAAAGCUGCGGCAGGCGUGGAUUAAGGCUGUUCAGACCAGUAUUGCUACAGCAUACAGAGAGAAAGGGGAUGAAGCUGAGAAACAGGAAAAGAAAUCAUCCCCUUCUACUGGAAGCCUGGAAUCUGGCAGUGAGACAAAAGAGAAGUUGUUAAAGGGAGAAAGUGCUCUGCAGCGAGUGCAGUGCAUUCCUGGUAAUGCUGCCUGCUGCGACUGUGGCCUGGCAGAUCCUCGCUGGGCCAGCAUCAACCUUGGGAUCACGCUGUGCAUCGAGUGCUCUGGGAUCCACAGGAGCUUAGGAGUCCACUUCUCAAAAGUAAGAUCUCUGACCCUGGAUUCAUGGGAACCUGAACUUCUGAAGCUUAUGUGUGAAUUAGGAAAUGAUGUUAUAAAUAGAAUAUAUGAAGCAAAGUUGGAAAAAGUGGGAGUAAAGAAGCCUCAGCCUGGAAGCCAAAGACAAGAGAAGGAGGCGUACAUCAAAGCAAAAUACGUGGAAAGAAAAUUUGUAGAAAAGCAGCCUGCAGCAGCAGUGUCUCCACUUGAGUCCAGAACAAAAGUUUUACCUCAGAGUCAGGAAGAGAAAAGGCACAGUGCUCCUGAAAAAUCCCUUUUGGCAGCAGAGCAAGGUGUGACAUCUCCAAGAGCGGUUGCUGUAAGUAGCGACGAGGCGAGGCGGGAGUCUCUGUUCUGUCCUGAUGAACUAGAUUCACUCUUCUCCUACUUUGAUACCUCCUCAAAGCUACGUAGUAUAAGAAGCAGUGACAGUGGGAUCCAGCAGAGUGUUGAUGACAGCAGAGAACACCUUGCCUCUACUAUAUCAGCUAACAGCUUGUAUGAACCAGAAGGAGAAAAGCAAGAAUCUUCCGUGUUCUAUGACUCCAGACAGCUUAAUCCAGGAUUGCAUCUUUAUCAAGCUGCCUUUGAGAAGAAUCUUCCAGAUAUGGCAGAAGCAUUGGCCCAUGGAGCUGAAGUAAAUUGGGUCAAUAUGGAAGAAAACAAAGCAACUCCACUCAUUCAGGCAGUGCGAGGGGGUUCACUGGUAACUUGUGAAUUCCUGCUGCAGAAUGGUGCCAAUGUGAACAUCAGGGACAUGAAAGGAAGAGGACCCCUACACCACGCCACAGUUCUAGGACACACGGGGCAAGUGUGUUUAUUCCUAAAACGAGGAGCAAACCAGCAUGCUACUGAUGAAGAUGGGAAAGAUCCACUGAGUAUAGCUGUAGAGGCUGCAAAUGCAGAUAUUGUAACAUUGUUGCGCUUAGCAAGGAUGAAUGAAGAAAUGCGUGAAUCAGAAGGGCUCUAUGGACAGCCAGGAGAUGAAAUUUAUCAGGACAUUUUUCGUGACUUUUCUCAAAUGGCAUCAAAUAAUCCAGAGAAGCUAAACCGUUUCCAGCAGUCAGAUUCCCAGAAGCCUUAAGUGUCAAGAAGGAAAAGAAUCUGCUCCUUACAGUGCAAGUCGUCUUUACGUUAAGAGAAUGAAUUAUCUGUGUUUUGUUAGCUUGGAUAAAAUGACCACUCUAAAUGUAGCUGUAGAUUGCGGUAGCUGAGGAAUUGUAUACAAGUUUUUAUGUUGUACAGUACAUAUACCUCAGCAGCUGAAAAAUAUGUAUAUUAUUAAAAAAAAAAAGGAAUACCUGCUAGCUCAGUAUAGAAAUAGUACCUGUUAGCAAGUACCACGUUCAUCUGUGACUCGUGUGUGAAGUUAGCAGAGCACAGCUGUGUGUGUUGCAGAUGGUGACCGAGGGUCCGGAUCAGCUUUGCUUGCCGGUAUCCUCUGCUGUCACCUGUCUCACUAUUGCCAUAAAGAUGCACCUCUGACAAGAAGGUCUAGGCUGCAUUUUCUUGGACUGUUUGGAAGGGAAAUCAGGUAAUGACUUGCUGAAUCGUCCUUCUGCCUGUGGGUCUGUAACGUACAGCAUUCUCUUGUUCCUGUGCUGAAGCUGGUUAGAGGCAGGCUGUUAAUAACAAGGUGUGGGAGCUUUUCUCUUUUUCAAGCUCUUUGGCAGUGGAAGCUUUAACACCAGGCUGGCCUUUAUGCUGGUGACUGCAGGUCAGUCACAGUAGGUGUAUAUCCCGAAGGACCAAAUUUCUAAGAGUAGUUUAUGUUUUCCUUUUUUCUUUUCAUUGCCCUUUCUAAAAUUAAGACUUGCUGUGAAGGAAGUAACUUUUAAAUGAGCACUUGGAACCUUUCAUGAGGAAAAAUAAAUGUAAUCCUGCUGGA